AUUGUUUUGUAGCAAUGAAUAGCCGCCAUGAUUAGUUUUGAUGGUGGGUUUUUAGUGUGAGAUAAAAAUAGAGGUUAUUUGGUGAAAGCGUGAUAAAGUACAAUUUUAGAUGCAUAAUAAUUAGUAGGAAUGAAUUUCCUUUAGUUCUUCAUUUAGGUUUCAGGAUGCCCUUGUAUUAUUUGUUUUAGAAUGUUAGUGUUUACAUUGAAGUUUGAAGUGUAGGAAUGCUUUGCUGUCAGUUACAGCCUGCUUCUGUUAGAAAGGGCUAUGGUACUUGUACGUAGACUAUCCAGAACCCUUUAAUUGCCAGCCUUCAAGACGUCGGCCCCGUCAGUGAUCAAGUUGGGUGGUGCCGUAGCUGGUGGUGGAAGUGGUGGUGGUUCAGCAGGUUCAACGAACCACUGCGUAGGUGGUGAACAUCAGCGCCAUGUUGUUAGUGUCACAGCAACUGGUAUUAGUGCUCCCACUGCUGCUGAGAUGGUUCGUACAACAACUGCUACCAGACUUGUGCGAAAUCCUUUUGCAACCACAACUCUGGGCCAAGGUGGGACAAGUUUUGUGGUUGGUCAAGCAUCUUCAGCUACUAUUAUUCCGUCAGCUACCUGUGUCAGACGGAACACCCCAGCUACCUCCCUUGGAACAUUUAUUCCACUUCAGACUCAGAAUUCAUCCUCUGAAGAAUCAAUGAGUUUAAUUGUGCAGCUGGGAACAACUGUUGUAGCCACAUCUACGUCACACAUGUUAGAACCAAAUUCAACAGUGACAAUUUCAAAGUCAUCACCAGCAGGCAAUCCCACUUCUUCCUCUGGAAGGAAUGUCAGUGUAAAUUAUCCCCAGGGAGUAAACCAUAUUACAGGGGGAGCCAAAGUGCAGCAGCAUAUUCAUCACCCACAAGUGAUACAAAGACCUACGACAAAUACCAUUGCAAGCAGCAAUGGUAAGAACAGUAUUAAUUGUAGCAUGCAGCAAUUGUAUGCUCAACAGCAGGUGGUUCAACCACAGAAGUCACUUACUGUAAAACAAUCUAAUGCAUUGGCAAAAUCUGUAGGGGAGACACAGCCAUCAGAUGAACAAAGGUUAGAACAUGCAGAAGUUGUGAACAUAGAAGAGAAUUUUGGGGAAGCAGGGAGACAUAACUUCCUGAGUAAUGUUUCUGUUCCCCAUCAGGUUCACACAGAAGAACGGAGGAUGGAAAUAGUGAAGUUUGUUUUACAAGAUCAUAACUAUGGAGCACCCCCUCCAGCAUCGCCACCUAUGUCACCAUCACAUCAUGGAAAAUUAACCAGUGGAGUAGCUGGUGGAGCAAGUACAUUGGGACCUAACAGUUAUACACCAGCUGGCACAGUUUAUCAGUAUGGUACUGGACUAUUGACGUUUCGUGAUGUGGCCGGUAAUGAUGAUGAUGCUAAUAGUGUAAUUAGCAGUAACACUGGAAGGGAAGUUGAGCCAGAGGGAGAAGAGACUGAAACUGCCCCUGAAGGGGAAGGAGAUGAUGAGGAUAGUGUUACACGUUGCAUCUGUGAUUUUGAACAUGAUGAUGGCUAUAUGAUAUGCUGUGACAAGUGCUUUGUAUGGCAACAUGUAGAUUGCAUGGGUAUUGAUCGAUCCAAUAUCCCAGAUGAAUAUAUGUGUGAAAGAUGUCAGCCCCGUCGAGUGGAUCGUCAGCAUGCACGGACAUUGCAGCUCAGGAAAAGGGAAGAGCUCCUUAACACAGAUAGCUCCAGUGACACUUCUUCAUCCUCUACUGAUACAGAUGGUGGUGUAAUAAACCCAGCACCAGCCAUGACCUCCAAGAAACGUGCUCUGUCUAAUUCAGUUAAUAAACGUAAGGGUGAGCUUGUUAGUACAAACAAGAAGAAUGUGGCAAACAGUAACAAUUUGGCAAAGCAGCAAAGACAGAGAAGGGAGUCAUCAAGGGAUCAGUCACAAACACCUUCAACUGUGCCUGUUACACAAAGAAGGGCCAGUGUGGGCCAGAAUAGGAAGAGAGAAACUACUAGAGCAACCACAGAAAAUAAAAGGACACCUGCAAGAAGGAAGAGUAAAGCCCGUACAAGUGAAGACGAGAGUCAGGAUGGUUGGGACAGAUCAGUAUCCAAUUCAGGCACAGUGCUUCAGCUCCGUCAGUGGAUAGACAACUAUGAAGAAGCUGUUACAAACCAUUAUUCCCCUGAAUUGCGAGCUCGAAUCUCGAGUAUAAAGGUGAAUGGUAUUCACUCGGACUUGAAGGCAGGGAAUCUUCACAGUGUGACCAGUGGAGCAACCAAGUGCAGAGUUUCACAGCUGGCACCAGGUGUCAGGAUUCUUGUCUCGACAACAUUAUUAUCAGCAAACCAGCCGGUAAUAGAACUGAGGGGAAAGUAUAUGCUUUCCACUCAGCACCGCCCACCCUCAUUAACUGUCAUUAACAGCAAACGGACCCGUCCACCUCCUGGACCAUUUAUUUUCUUUUAUCGUCUACCUAAAGAUGGCACAGAAGUAUGUGUAGAUACAAGGACAUAUGGUAACGAUGCCAGGUUCAUACGAAGAUCCUGUAAACCGAAUGCAGAGGUACGCCACUGCAUUGAAAAGGGUAUUCUCCAUUUGUAUAUUGUGACUGUAUCCACCGUAGAAAAGAACUCAGAGAUCACCAUAAACCAUGAUGGGACACAGGAAGCUUCUACAUUAGUGAAUAGCAGUGGAAGCCCCCCUCAAUUCAUGUGUGCUUGUGGAAAUCCGAAGGAAUGUACAGCACUUAAUAGGAGAAAUGGCAUACAUGAACCCACUGACCGAGAACGUCGUCGCCGUGGGAGGAGAACAACUUCAUCUGAAGAUGGUGAUCCUUUGGCAGUACCAUCACAGCAGCAUCAGCAUAAUCUAAAUAGUGGUAACAAUCAGAAUUUAAUAAACACCAGUAAUGUUGAUAGCCUACCUUUGCGGAGAAGUUCUACGACUGUACGCUCCCCCACUAAAAUUCCACAUGAGCAACUAGAACAGCAACAACAGCAGCAGGAGCAACAACAGAAGCAGCAGCAACAAAAGCAGCAGCACCAGCAGCAAAAAAUAGAAUCGGGAGAUCAUGAUCAGACAGUGUCAGAUACAGUUCCUGACCAGCAAGAUAAGAAGAGAAAGCUGACUCGUGAAGAACGUAAAAUGGAAGCAAUCAUGAAGGCAUUUGAACGACUAGAGAAAGCAGAACAACGACGUCAAGAAAAUCAAGCGAAGCAGGCUCAUCGUAAGGAUCAUCAAAAUGAAGCUGCAAAUAAUGGAAUGCCUAAGAAGGAACCAUUGUUAGAUGCGAACAAAGUUUUAGGUGAAGUGAAGGAUGAAGGUCUGAGGUGUAAUGUGUCCAGUGUUACUGCUAAGUCUGCUGCAGCUGAUAGACAGGGAAGGAAAAGACGUAAGGGUCGUGGAAGGACAAGCAGUAUGUCACAACAUCCGCCACCACCACAAAGGAGAAGAACACGAUUAAACUCCGGAGACUCAGACAUGACAUCUGCAGAUGAAGCUGUUGGAGUUGCAUCAAGCACAGGGCUUCUGCAAUCUUCACAGACUUCUGGUAUAAAUCCUGCAGGCAGCCAUCAGUCUUCUCCAGUGUCAGCAGCUGCAGGCUUGCUGCUAGCCCUAGCCAAUGGUAGUACACCACAGCAAAACUCAGUUCCCUCAUAUCAACAUACUCCACCACAUCUUGACAGGUUACCAGGGAGCACUACAUCACAAGCGCAAGGCGGAGUAAACCCCACAUUAUUUUGUGACAAUGCAAAUAGUAGUGGCAGUGGUAGCUCACAAGGCUCCACACCUCCCACACCUCUGUCCUCAGCCUGUUUACUGGUUGCAGCAGCUGUUGGACCUCUUGCACCAGGAUUCAAGUUCCCAAAGACAAAGAAGGUCCUGAUGAAUGAAUGGCUUAACAAGUCACCUGAACUUCCUUCAACUCCAUCAACCAUUCCUGUCCCCUUGACAUCUCCCAUCCUUUUACGCCCAAAUGACCUCCCCCUUAAUCCAACAGAUCUCAUAUUAAAUCCACAAGUAGCUGACAGCUACGGUUAUUCCGCUCAUCAUUCACCUUCAAAGUCACUAGCAACUCUUGCUCAAGCAGCUAACAGAGUAGCAUUGGGAUCUAGCACGUCACCAACACCUCAUUCCAGCAGAGCAAGCCUUGGCAGUAAAGGAGCACCAUCUGCUCCAGGAGGUGGUGUUGGUUCCGCAAAGAAGAGGUGGCUGCGACAGGCCAUUAGUGAGGAGUGUGAUUCUCCUACCACAAAUUCUUGUGCCAGUCCCAACAGCAGAACAGGUUCCCCACCUUGCCCUGAUUAUGUUACUCCUUUAAAAAAGCGUCGAUUGGCACGAGAAUCAUUGUCAUCAGAGCAGUCUUUUACUCCACCCACAACCCCUACAAUGCUAGCUGACCAGCACCUGUCUAGCAGCUCACCACCAAUGCAGAAAUGUGUCCAAUAUGAUGUUACUGGCAUGAACAUGGGUGGAUGUGAGGAAGAUGACACCAUUGCAUCCCCAGGAGAUGAAGAACCUCAUCUGAUAAAUGAUGGUGAAUAUGAAGACAGAGAAGAAAAAUGUGAAGGGGAUUUUGAAGGACAUGGCAGUCCUAUAAAUGACUGCUUCAGAAGACAAGGAGCUGUCAGGAACAUAGCAGUAACAGACUACUCUGCUCACACUGUGCUAUUAAAAGGUGAUGAAAGUGAAGGUAUAGUUAGGGACAGGAGCACAAAUGGUGGACUUGUAAUUAGAAGGAAUGUUGACCAGCCAGAAUGUGAUGACACUGAUAUGGAGGAGAAAGAGAAAGAGGAAAUAGAGGAACAUAUUCAGGCAAGAGAAUCUUCAGUGGAAGAUGAUGCUGAUGAUGAUGAUGACGAAGAAGAAGAAGAAGAAGAGACUCGAACUUCUCCAGUUCCUGACAUUGAUUCUGAGAAUGUUUGUUUUCAGGGCUUACUGAGAGGAAAGGUUGCAGAUGUAAAGCUUGAGUUAUCUGUUAAUUCAAGUGAAGAGACUGAAGAAGAGGGAUGCAGAGGAUUUGAAGAUCAAGGAGAUGGCAGUAAUCAAGGUUGUGAAGAUACCAUGGGUAGUGAAACAGAGACUCUGAAUGUCAGUAAGCCAAAAAUACUUAAUGGGAAGAUAACUAUUGAGGAUGUUAAUGUGAAAGAACAAGACAGUGGUAGUAUAGAUGGUAUCGGUUCUGCAGAGAUAAAUGUUUUGAAAAGUUCCUUCCAGAGAUGUGGUACAACUGUUACUGAAGUAUCCCCAGGCUCAAAUUUAUACCAGAAAAUGCCUGAAGUGGCUUUACCAGAGAUGGAGAGUGGAUUUACUGUUUCCUGUAAACAUGAGAUCUCAGUGGAUCACCCAGAUACAUCAUUGAAACAGCCUCAAGUGUCAAGGGAUGAAACUAUUUCUGCUACACAGACAGUAGUGGUGAGCUCUGCGACAGCCCAACCCGCAAAGCGCAAGGUUAGAACGCUUUCCAUCUCAGAAUAUCGUCAGCGUAAGCAGCGUAAUAGUAGUACAGAAUUGAACUCUGGAGGGAUAGAGGGUGAUGGAGGUACUAGAAAUUCACCAGUCUGUAGAGAGAGUAGGGGUCGUACAGACAGCACAAGCAGUUCAUCCUCGUCUGUGUCGUCAGAUGAUGAUAUGUCUAAUGCUUGUGCCUCUAUAACCAGCAAGAAUCUCAUGCUUGACAGCUCACCUGCUCUCUCUGCACUCCCAUUAUUUCUCCAUACAGAUACAUCUGAUGAUAAAAGAGGUGUUGGAGAAGAAACUUACAUGAGAUGGAAUUCUGCUCCAACUCUUGUUGAACGUCAGAGGGAGAACCUCACUGAGAGACUGAGGAGAGAAUUUGGACUCUUUCUUAGUGAUGAUGAAGAACAAGAAAGAGCACGCAAACAAGGUGAGCUAACAUGAAAGAGCUUGUACUUAUGUAG